UAUGAAAAUCAAGGACAUUGCAUUCUACACGGCUUGGAUAUAUCAUAGCUGCUGAGACCUUUUGUAGUUUUGGGAUUUUUUAGCAGUUCUUUUAUAACCAUUUGUUUUUUUGCCUACAUAGCUUUUGUGCUACUGGAGAAGAAAAAUAAGCCGCAAUCAGUCAGUCACUGAGUCGCGAAUUGUGCAAAGUCAGGCUUAUUUAUUAGCAAUUUUGUGAAUCUCUUUAGUUUCUAGGUAAAUAGGAUCUUCAUGCAGUAGAUUUAUGUAGUGAGGUUUUGCAUGAGGGAUAAAAUGAGUGAGUUCAACUUAUAAAAUAUUUUGGUCGGAAAUGGUGCUUACGUUUAAGGAUCGACUGUCGUUGAAUGCUUUAUCAAUUGUUUUGUUAUUUGUGUCUUCAAAUUCAUCAUUGUCAAAGGGCACGAAGUGUGCUCCAAAAAAUAAUGGAAAUACAGAAUUUCCAGAAAUAGCUAUUGGAAAUCGUGCCAUAAUUUCAGACAGUGAAAAUGUAACGAAUUUAAUCUCUACUACGAGUACGGCGCAGAGUGAGAAAAUUGAGAAAAUUCAAAUUUCAGAAGACAUCGAAAUUCUUGAAAAUGAUGAGAAAUUCCUGAAAAUUCCGGACAAUGGGAGGCGACGAGAUGGUCCAGUUGGUCAGUUGGAGCUCAUUUGUUCCGCUUCAUAUCCCGUCCAGUGGGGGUUUCGUCUCUAUCAGCUCUGGGCUCCUUGGACCGUGUCGUCUAGACGAAUCCUAAGCCCUGCAAAUGCAUCGAAUCCUAACGUCACUCAAAUUUUCCAGUCCAUCCUGAAAUAUCCUAGUCUUCGAAACAUUACGCAGUUACGUAAUGAUUACCCCACAUGUCACAAGUCGGAUGACACAUGUCUGCAAACUUCCCUAUCUGUGAUGAAUGAUGGUGAAAAACCCAGACUUAAAGUUGCCGCUGGGUCAGAUCUCCAAUUAUCUCCGGAUUCAGAAUUUGGGAAAAAUACGAAUUGUUCCCUAAGAGUCGGGUAUGACCCAGUGGCUCAAGUUUUUUUCUGCCAAACAGUCAAUCCAAAGCAAAAUGUCACAAUAUUUCCGAGAACUUGUUCUGAUCCGGUGAAAUGUGCAACGGUUUACAUGGCUCAAAAUGAAAACUGUUCGCAUGAAGCACCCACAGUUUCUUACAAGGACUGUCGACCAGAUUCCGGUUGCGGAAAAAUGACCUAUGCAGCUGAUUACUUGCCAUCAGUUGCGAUUUGUUUGAUACGAGGGACAGGUGACGAAUUGGGCGGCAGUGUCGCUGUCCCCUUCUUUUACUCGCUUGUUACAGAUUCUCAUGGACAGCCGGAGAGGUACCUGAAUUGGAACGAUGCUAAUCCCACAAAAAUGUUGCAAAUAAUGGAACUGUCUGAAUCGUCGUUCUAUGCUGGACAAGAAUUCGCGAUACAGUGCAAAGCAAGCUACUACUACUUCGGGUCUGGACUUUAUUUCGAAAUAAAAUCGGAAUUAUCAGUUUCUAGAAUACCAGCUAAUGAAACGACAUACACAAAACGGACGACAGGAAAAAGUGGAACUUUUAUAGAUCUUGAAUAUUUGAGGAUUUUAGCAGUUCAAAAUUAUGUGGCAUGGACCCCAGGAGUUUACCAAAUUCAGUGCAAUGCUCCGGUUUGGAAUACGACGGAAUGGGUAUCGACAAACGCGACGUUUACCGUGUUGGAAUCCACCCCACCGAAAUUUUUUGAUGGAAACACAACCGAAACUUUAUAUUACAAACCCAACCUGCAAAUAUUAUGUAUCAGCCGUGGCGUUCCGAAACCCUUGCUCACCUGGACUUUAAACGAAUCUCCGCUACCUUCCGGUAUAAAUGUGGAAAUUGGCGAAAAUGGGACAGAUAUUUGGACCCAACUCCAGUUUCCCAGCUCAACGAGGGGAAUUUAUGGAAAUUUUACUUGUCGAAGCACAAAUUAUGCUGGAUAUAUGGAAAAAACUUUUAUCAUCAUUCCAAGUGAUAAAACCUCAUCAACCCUAAUAAUUGCAAUUGCCGUGAUGGGAAUUUUAGCCUUGAUUUUAGUCCCAUCGGUGGUAUUUUUAUUUUGGAAAGUGCAAAAUCAGCGAAAACAAUUGCAAUAUUUAACACAAGAAGAAGUCGACGAAUUUCUAUUGGGAAAACCAGACUACAUUCCGUUUCAAUGUGAUAUGAGUACUUAUGCGUAUUAUCUCCCGUAUGAUAAGUCAUUCGAAAUUCCAAGGGAGGAAUUGAACAUUGAUUUUUCCAAAGUUCUGGGACAAGGUGCGUAUGGGAUGGUGAUUUAUGGCAAAUACCAGGAAAAGGAAGUUGCUGUGAAAACCAUAAAACCAGUCGAUUAUGGGAUGGACACGUUCAAGGCGUUGUUAUCCGAACUUAAAAUAAUGACGUAUAUCGGAAAACACGAAAAUAUUGUGAAUUUAGUCGGAGCAUGUACAACAAAUAUUCAGAAAAAGGAAGUUUACAUCGCACUCGAAUUUUGUGAGAAUGGAAGUCUGCUUUCGUUUAUGAGGACGCAUCGACACUCGUUUUUAAAUCCUAGCUAUGUUCCAGAAGGGGAUGAACUUGCCAAGUCACCGUUGACUAGACAGCCUUCGUUUUUGCAAUGUCCACAAGUACAAUAUGUCAAAAUGGAAGAUUUGUCGCAAAUCGCGAUAUUAAACCCGCACGAUUACGCAAAUAUGUUUCAAAUUACGAGACAAGACUUAAUUCAGUGGAGUUAUCAAAUUGCGGAGGGGAUGGAUUAUCUGACUAGUAAAAAGGUAAUUCAUGGAGAUUUGGCAGCCAGAAAUGUUCUCCUGACUCGUGAUCUCACUGCUAAAAUCGGAGAUUUCGGUUUAUCAAAACGUCUCCUUCACUACAAUAGUUAUACGAGAACGGCCAAUACUCCUCUCCCAAUAAAAUGGCUCGCAAUCGAGUGUCUCACCGAUUUCCAGUUCUCUCCCGAGUCCGACGUCUGGAGCUACGGGGUAACUUUAUGGGAAAUCUUUAGUUUAGGAGAACUGCCUUACGCAGGAUUUAAUGGGAAUGGAGAAGAUUUCUUGCAAAGAUUGUCGCGUGGGAUGAGAUUAAAUAAACCUAUUUAUUGUUCAGAGGAGAUCUUCGAUGUGAUAAUGAAGUGCUGGAAGAGUGAUCGUAAAGAGAGGCCCAAAUUUGAUAUUUUGUCAAGAUAUUUUAAGAGGUGUUUGGAAACGCCGGCACAUGAGGCAAUUGGAGUAAGAUUAAGUAAUUUAGAAAAUGAAGUUAUUCCGACUUGAUUAAGUAUAUGACGUAACUAAUUGUGAAGAAAAUAAAUUAUUUAUGACAUAAACUAGCAA